AUGGCGAACGCCAACGACAAACAGUGGCAGAAAGAUGCGGCCGACCAGAAUUUCGAUUACAUGUUCAAACUUCUGAUCAUUGGAAAUUCUGCUGUGGGAAAGACAUCAUUUCUUUUCCGAUAUGCUGAUGAUUCGUUCACUUCAGCAUUCGUGUCAACAGUGGGAAUCGAUUUCAAAGUGAAGACGGUUUUUCGAAACGACAAGCGAGUCAAGCUGCAGAUUUGGGAUACAGGUUAGCUUAAACAUGAUUUGCUUGUUGUCCUUUCGUUGUCUUCUUAUUUUUGCGAAAGUAUGACUAACUGACUUUUUUUUCCAGCCGGUCAAGAAAGAUACCGGACAAUAACAACUGCAUACUAUCGCGGAGCGAUGGGAUUUAUUCUGAUGUAUGACAUUACAAACGAGGAGUCGUUUCAAGCGGUUCAAGAUUGGUAAGAUUCCGUGUUCUUUAAAUGCAUUUAUUUUGUGUGAUCGUAUUAAAUAUAUUAGCAAGUAUGGUGUCCUCUGAAUAUGAAUAUUUACGGGAAAAAAAUGGCAAAAAUUGCAACUUUUUGAUCGUAAACUUCGUGAGUUGUAAGCAAACCAUGUUUUUACGUUUCCUCAUUGUUCGUGUUACUUGGUAAUCAAUUUGAGAUCAAAAAAAAAUUUCUCAAAGCUUUUCUUUACUGUAACGCUUAAUUAAAUAUCGGUGUAAUGAAGCAGUUCCUCAGCGAAACAGGAAUUUUCACGAAUGGUGACGGUUGUUGUUCGAUCGGGUUAUUUCCUCGAAACAAUUAGAAAUUAUUUGAAGAAUGUAAUUUCCAUUUCAAUCUUUUCAUCUCUCUGUGUUGCGUCUUGGUUUUGAUCGGAUCUUUGGAGCUUCGACACCAGAAUUUUAUUUUAUGACACGCCGGUGUAAACAUUUGUUGUGUAUGUGUAAUGUUUAUCGAAAUUGUGUUGACCCGUGAGACAUCUUCAUUUCUUGAUGUUUUCUGCAGAAGUCUGCAUGUAAAUGUGCGCUUCCCGGUUUAUGUUUCGGCGUCAAUUUACAGUACAUUUGAGCUUACUUGCCGUUUCUUUCAUUGUCGGACUGAGUUUCCAUGAUGCGCAACUAUAAGACGCAGAAGCUUAAAAACCUAUAUGUGAGAUUUUUUUAUUUCCUUAAACUUUAUUUAAGAUUGUGAAAAAAUUUAGUUGCAAUAUAAUUAGUUGCGCCAUUAAUUAAAAAGAAUGCAUACGUGUAGUAGUACACAUACAUUUCAAGGGCAGGUAAAAAUGCUAAAGAAUCUUGAGUUGCAUCAUGUUAUUUUUAAUGUUUCCUUAUAAACGUUAAAAGAAUUUAGCCAUAGGUGACAGGUUCUGGCUGGCCCUUGUUUGCUAGGCUGGAUCUUGAUAUGUUAAUAUCAAUUUUGUGAUAACAUGACAACCAAGCCAGACCAAUAGAUCUUUUUACCAAUACGGUGGCCAUAUAGAUCGCUUUCACUGUUACGCAACGAAAAAUAAAUUGAAAACCGUCCAUUCGGAGAAGCCAAGAAAAUGAAAUGUUAUAAAAAACUAAUAUAUCAACAAUUUGUCCAAGUCUCAUGUCUUUGUGGCCCACAAUAUUGGUGUACAGUUUUGGUGCACCAAUAUGGCCGCCUUAAAUCAACAAAAACAUCUGGGGUUCACUUUUUCUAUAAAAGGUCUCAAAUUAUGUAUAACAAUUUUGAAAUAUCACUUGUGGUAUUUAUGCCAAAUAUCACUACAAAUCAUGCUAUUGCCUACAUCAAUAAUUAUUUCUUUGGAAUCUCUUUAAAGGUCAACUCAGGUCAAGACUUACUCUUGGUCCAAUGCUCAAGUGAUACUUGUUGGCAACAAAUGUGACAUGGAGGAGGACAGAGUAGUAUCUUAUGAAAGGGGAAAGAAUCUAGCUGACCAACUUGGACUGGAAUUCUUUGAAACCAGCGCCAAGGAGAACACGAAUGUCAAGCAAGUGUUUGAGCGCCUGGUAGAUAUAAUCUGUGACAAGAUGUCAGAGAGUCUAGAUUCUGAUCCUACAAUUGUUAGCGGGCAAAAGCCAGGGACAACAAAAUUAUCAGACAAGCCACCCAAGCCACAGGAUAGUGGAUGUGCUUGUUAA